AUGUCUCGCGAAGGAACACCAAGCUGGGGGGCUAAUGAAGGAGAGACCAUCUCAUUCCAGCAAGCCCUGACGCAGAUUCUCACUCAACAACAGAGACUGAUCACCCAGCUGUCCCAGCAGAUGUCAGCAACGCAGCUUGGCCUGAAGGAGCUUUCCCGUGACGACGUCGCACUGAAUGCGUUGGCAAACAACAUCAACGAAUUUCGCUAUGCUCCUGAAGAAGGGUGCACGUUCGACUCUUGGUACGCCCGAUACUCGGAAUUGUUCGACCAGGACGCCAAGAAGCUCGACGAUUCCGCAAAAGUUCGACUCCUUAUGAGGAAACUCAACCCAGCGGCACACGAGCGAUACACGAGCUUCAUACUUCCGAAGCAAUCAAACGAGUUUACGUUCAGUGAAACCGUCGAGAAGUUGAAGUCGCUUUUCGGAUCACCUGUCUCCAUCUUCCACCGGCGGUACCAGUGUCUGCAAACCGUCAAGGAUGACACGGAGGACAUCGUAGCGUACUCGUGCAAGGUGAACCGCGCCUGUGUGGACUUUAAACUUGCCGACCUGUCCGAGGAGCAAUUCAAAAGCCUCAUCUUUGUCUGCGGCCUCAAGUCAUCGAAGGAUUCCGAUAUUCGGAUGCGGCUGAUCACGAAGCUAAACGAAUCGUCCGAAAUCACCCUAACGAAGAUUGUGGAGGACUGCAGAAGCCUGAUGAACCUCAAGAACGACAACGUACUGGUGGAAAAACAGUCUCCGUCAAGUGUGCAUGCUGUGAAGUACAACAACAAGAAGACUUCCAAGCCGAAGCACCAACCAUCGGCUGCGGGAAGUAGUAGUGGUGCGGAUCAGCCUCGUUCUCCAUGCUGGUCGUGUGGAGGGAUGCACUUUUCCAAGGACUGCCAGUUUCGUGAACAUACGUGUCGUGAUUGCGGGAAGAAAGGACAUAAGGAGGGGUAUUGCGCUUGCUUCGCCGGGAAAUCGACAGCCGGCAAGGGUAAGAAGCCUGCGCGGAACCAGAAGUCAACGAAAGUCGUCUCCGUUAAUUCCGUCAGCCGUGGAAGAAAGUAUGCAGAGGUGCGUAUCAACAACGUUCCCGUCCGCCUCCAAAUUGAUUCAGCGUCGGACAUAAGCAUUAUCACCGACGCAAUGUGGAAGCAAAUCGGAAAACCGGAAGCAUCUCCACCGUCGUGCCAAGCAGUGACAGCUUCUGGAGAACCACUCAACAUCGCGUCCGAAUUCUGGUGUGACGUGACCAUCAACGGUGUCUCCAAACGAGGUUUGUGUCGUGUUAUGGUACCGGAAAUCAAUCUAUCAGUUCUAGGUUCCGAUUGGAUGGACAAGUUUGGCCUAUGGGAUGUGCCAAUCAACUCCUUCUGCAACCAAGUCAGCAGUCGGACGCCAUCCGACGUAGCGUCACUCCAGGCGAAAUUCCCGGAAGUUUUCACCAACAAAAUGGGUCUUUGUGGCAAAACGAAGGUCAAGCUUCAGCUGCGAGGUAAUCCCACUCCGGUAUUUCGGCCAAAACGUCCCGUCUCCUACAGUAUGGAAGGUGCCGUCGAAGAAGAAAUUCAGCGUCUCCACAGUCUGGGGGUCUUGAAGCCAGUAGACUUCUCGGACUGGGCUGCACCUAUAGUGGUCGUCCGGAAGCCCAACGGAAGAGUACGGAUCUGCGCCGAUUUUUCAACGGGUUUGAACGACGUCCUUGAGUCCAACCAAUACCCGCUGCCGUUACCUGAAGAUAUUUUCUCGAAGAUGUCGGGAUGUCGGUACUUCAGCCAUAUCGACCUUUCCGAUGCCUAUCUUCAGGUGGAGGUGGAUGAAAGCUGUCAAAACCUGCUCACCAUCAACACCCACAAGGGGCUCUAUCAAUUCACCCGCUUGUCCCCUGGCAUCAAGUCAGCCCCGGGGGCAUUCCAACAGUUGGUAGAUGCAAUGCUUGCAGGACUCGAAUUCACCUGCGGCUACCUGGAUGACGUUCUUCUGGGCGGCCGAACUGAAGAAGAACACAAUCGGAAUCUCGAGCGUCUGAUGAACCGAUUGCAGGAAUAUGGGUUCACCGUGAGAAUAGAAAAAUGCAGCUUCAACAUGCAACAAGUCGAUUAUCUCGGGCAGAUCAUGGACGGCGAUGGUGUGCGACCUGACCCCGACAAGGUUGCUGCUAUUGCCAACAUGCCGCCACCCCACGACCUUUCAACACUCCGAUCGUAUUUGGGAGCCGUGAAUUACUACGCGAAAUACAUUCCAGAGAUGCGGAAGUUGCGGUACCCUAUGGACAAACUCCUGAAAGCUGGAGCCAAAUGGGACUGGAACACGGCCUGUCAAAACUCGUUCGACCGAUUCAAAGAGCUUUUGAUGUCUCCGCUGAUGCUGACGCACUACAAUCCAAAGCUGGAUAUCGUGGUGUCUGCAGACGCCUCGUCCAUCGGCAUCGGUGCUAGGAUCGCUCAUCGACUUCCGGACGGCACCAUAAAAGCAAUCAGUCAUGCGUCCAGAAGUCUCACUCCGGCCGAAGAAAACUACAGCCAGAUAGAAAAAGAGGGUUUAGCCUUAAUAUUCGCCGUCACACGAUUCCAUCGAAUGCUGUUUGGUCGGCAUUUCACUCUCGAAACCGACCAUAAACCACUGUUGGCCAUAUUCGGGUCCAAAAAGGGAAUACCCGUUUAUACCGCCAAUAGGCUACAGCGCUGGGCGUUAACCCUCCUUCUAUACGACUUCGAUAUACAAUACGUGUCAACCGAAAGUUUUGGCUACGCUGAUCUUCUAUCUAGGCUCAUCAACAACCACAUUCGCCCGGAUGAAGAGUACGUGAUUGCGGCCAUCGAACUGGAGCACACUUUCCAGGAUGCUGUGCAACAGUCCCUGGAAUUCCUGCCGCUAACGUACAAAGCGGUUCAAGAAGAGACCAAAGCAGAUCCAGUCCUCCAAGAAGUCGUCAAACACGUUCAGCAGGGCUGGCCAACAAAAAGGAGCGACGUCAGUGAAAAUUGUCAGCAGUUCUUCCUUCGAAAGGACGGUUUGUCAGUCAUAUCCGAUUGCCUUGCCUAUGGUGAGCGGUUGGUCAUCCCGUCGAAGUACCAGAAGAAAGUUCUCCAGAUGCUGCACAAGGGACACCCCGGCGUCGAAAGGAUGAGAGCAGUUGCCCGCAGUUAUGUAUACUGGCCGACCAUCGACGACAGCAUCGCGCAGCUCGUACGUGCUUGUAAGGAAUGUGCGAUGUCUGCCAAAACCAACACCAGAGCGAAACUGGAAUCUUGGCCGGUACCUCAAAAACCCUGGCAGCGACUGCAUAUCGACUACGCCGGGCCCGUCGACGAUUGGUAUUACCUUAUACUAGUUGAUGCCUUCUCGAAGUGGCCCGAAGUUAUCCCAACUCGUCGAAUCACAACAUCUGCAACGUUGGAAAUCCUUCAAGGAAUCUUCGCACGUUUUGGAAUGCCAGAGACCUUAGUGAGCGACAACGGACGUCAGUUCGUCAGUGAGCAGUUCGAACGCUACUGUGAAAACAACGGUAUUCUACACCUGAAAACGCCGCCAUUUCACCCACAGUCCAACGGAUUGGCAGAAAGGUUCGUCGACACCUUUAAGCGGACUCUCAAGAAAAUUACAGCGGGAGGAGAGGGUCUCAUUGAAGCAAUCAACACGUUCCUGCUCUGCUACCGUUCCACACCAAACCGAAGCGCUCCGGAAGAGAAGUCCCCUGCCGAGUUACUGCUUGGUAGACCCCUUCGGACAUCGCUAGACUUGCUCAAACCUCCAACAUCGUUUCAUAAAAUGGAACAAAGCAAGCAAGACAGCCAAUAUAACCGCAAACAUGGAGCCAAGGCCAUCUACUACAAUCCCCAGGACCUGGUCUGGGCCAAGGUUUUCAAAAACAACAGUUGGAGUUGGGAAGCAGGUCAGGUGCUUGAGCGCGUGGGGAGCGUAAUCUACAACGUUUGGCUGCCGCAGAAAAACACGUUAAUCCGAUCCCACUGUAAUCAGCUUCGAAGUCGUAACGAAUCGGAAACAGCAGAUGUAGCAGAAAACGAAACUCCUGUUCAAGUCCCACUGGAUAUCCUUUUAGACACGUGGGGCCUGAAUCCAAGAUCUACAGAACCAGAAGAACCGCAGCUGGACCUGGACAGUAUUCCAGAGGAACCACGGAUGACAGAACCACCCAGGGGUUCUCAACGAAGACGUCAACGCCCACCAAGAAGAGCUGAACAGCAAACGUACAUACCUCGCCAAUCUUCGCGAAAACGAAUGCUGCCUGUGAGGUAUGAUCCGUUCCAUCUUUACUAA